CUUCAGUUAAUGAUACUCAAGUCUGUAUUGUGUGGCUUGUUUUGUUCCAAUAAUGACUGACACUGGAGAGGGCGACGAAGAGUUCCAUUUUCUACGAACGGGAGAUGAGGUGGUUUUGCAGAGUACCUUCACCUCCCAGGAGGAACAUGUGAAACUCUGUCUUGCUGCAGAGGGCUUUGGCAGCCGACUUUGCAGGCUUGAGCCCACCUCUAAUUGCAAGAAUGUUCCACCCGACCUGUCUGUGUGUGGCUUCGUUCUGGCCCAGUGCCUCUCUGUGCGAGCCCUGCAGGAGAUGCUGGCCCACAGUGUGCAUCUGGCUGCAGAGGUGGGUGUUUAAAUUGAUCGGUUUCUGUAUUUUUAUUAAGUGGGAGCUGGAGGAAGCCAUCGCACCCUUCUAUAUGGCCAGGCAGUGUUGUUCCUACACUCGUAUAGUGGCAUGUAUCUCAGCUGCUUGUCUUCAUCUCACACUUCAACGGACAAGCUGGCUUUUGAUGUUGGUCUGCAAGAGGAUAAAGCAGGUGAGGCAUGUUGGUGGACCGUCCACCCUGCGUCCAGACAGAGGUCAGAGGGUGAGAAAGUGCGAGUUGGAGAUGACCUCAUCCUGGUCAAUGUUUCUUCAGAGAGAUAUCUGCACCUGUCCUUUGGCACUGCAGUUGACAACAAAAGCUUGAGUGACAGCCUGAUUGUUAAUGCAGCCUUCCAGCAAACUCUCUGGAGUGUCGCCCCCAUUUGCUCUGGAGGUGGGGUUGCUCAAGGUUACCUCAAGGGGGAUGACACACUGAGGCUUCUCCACAGCCAUAGUGACGCAUGUUUGACUAUUCCAUCCACUGAGCAGGGAGAGGAGCUGCAAAGGAUAAUGCAUUAUGAGAUUGGAUCAGUCUCCAGCCAUGCCCGCUCUCUCUGGAGGAUGGAGAUUCUGCGUGUUGUUUGGAGUGGUAGGCACACAUGCUGGGGGCAGCCUUUCCGGCUCCGUCAUGUGACCACUGGUCGUUACCUGGGUCUAACAGAGGAGAAGGGACUGCAUCUGGUUGAUCGAGACAAAGCUGACAUCAACACGACCUCUUUCUGCUUUCGAUCAUCAAAGGAGAAGCUUGACGCUGGCGCAAAGACUAACGUUGAUGGCAUGGGGAUCCCAGAGAUCAAGUAUGGAGACUCCAUUUGUUACGUUCAGCAUGUAGACUCUGGACUCUGGCUCACCUACCAAGCUGUGGACGCAUCUACACGCAUGGGAGGGGCUCAGAGAAAGGCCAUUCUGCACAGCGAGGGUCAUAUGGACGAUGGGCUGACGCUGUCUCGUUCUCAAAGGGAAGAAUCUCACACUGCCAGACUCAUCCGCAGUGCUACUCUACUCUUCACUUGCUUUAUCAGGAAACUGGACGGUUCAAGCCAACAAGAAAACCUCAAAUCUGUCAGCCUGCCAAUGGAGGUAGUGACAUGUAGUCUACAAGAUCUAAUCAAAUAUUUCCAGCUUCCAUCAGAGGGGCAGAGCCAUGAAGCUAAGCAGAACAACAUGAGAGCGCUGAAGAGUCGGCAGAACAUGUUUCAAGAAGAGGGUGUAAUAGAUUUGGUUCUGGAUUGUAUUGAUCGUCUACACCAUUACAGUGGUGGCUCUCAUUUUGCUGAGGUUGCACAGAGUGACAAAGGAGAAGAGUGGGAGACCAUCCUCAACCGUUUCUACGAGCUGCUGGCUGCUCUGAUCCGGGGAAACCGUGUAAACUGUGCACAUUUCUCCAGUUCACUCGACUGGCUGAUCAGCAGGCUGGACCGUCUGGAGGCCUCUUGUGGUGUCUUGGAGGUCCUGCACUGUGUCUUAGUGGAAAGUCCUGAAGCACUCAACGCCAUCAAAGAAGGACACAUUCAAUCCAUCAUCUCUUUUCUAGACAAGCAUGGAUGCAACCACAAGGUGCUGGAGGUGCUGUGCUCACUGUGUGUGUGUCAUGGUGUAGCUGUGCGGUCCAAUCAAAACCUCAUCUGUGACAACCUGCUGCCUGACAGAGACCUGCUGCUGCAAACACGGCUGGCUAAUCAGGUCACCAGCAUGAGGCCAAACAUCUUUUUGGCUUUGGGGGAGGAUUCAGCACAGCAUCGGAGGUGGUACUAUGAGCUGGUUGUGGAUCAUGUGGACCCCUUCCUCACAUCUGAACCCACACACCUGCGCGUUGGCUGGGCUCGCACUGAGGGCUACCAGCCCCGGCCCACAGGAGGGGAGGGCUGGGGGGGCAACGGUGUGGGAGACGACCUCUGCUCCUACGGCUUUGAUGGGCUUCACCUCUGGUCAGGCUGCGUGGGUCGCAGGGUGAGCUCGGCCGUCCCUCACCUCCUGAGAGACGAGGACGUGGUCAGCUGCUGUCUGGACCUCAGCGCUCCCUGCAUCUCUUUCCGGGUCAAUGGACUGCCUGUGCAGGGCAUGUUGGAGAACUUCAGUGCAGACGGACUUCUCCAUCCUGUGGUCAGCUUCUCUGCCGGAGUCAAGGUCCGCUUCCUGUUUGGGGGGCGGCACGGAGAGUUUCGCUUCUUGCCCCCACCGGGUUUUGCGCCAUGCUGUGACGCUCUGCUCCCGAGAGUCAAGCUGAAGUUAGAGCCGUGUCAGAAAUACAUCCUGGAUCAAGGAGAGGGGAAACUGGAGCUCAUUGGCCCCUCAGUACCUUCCAGUCCAAUGACCUUUACUCCCACACCAGUAGACAUCAGCAAGGUGGUAAUGCCCCCACAACUUGAGGAUAUCCGAGAAAAACUCGCUGAGAAUAUCCAUGAACUCUGGACAAUGGAAAAGAUUGAUCUUGGAUGGACAUAUGGACCUGUGAAAGAUGAAGGUAAGAGGCAUGAUCCGUGUGUGAUGGAGUUCUGCAAGCUGUCGGAGACGGAGAAGAACCAGAACCUUCAGAUGGCCCAGGACACACUCAGGACUCUCCUGGCUCUUGGCUUUCACAUUGGUUUGACUGCUGACCAUGCUGAGGAGAAAGUCAUGUACAUGAGACUAGCCAACAAGUACGAGCAGCCCAGCGGCUACAGACCCUCUCCAAUAGACCCUCUCCAGGUGUUUCUGAGCCCAGCCCACGAGGAGGUGGUCGACCUGCUGGCAGAGAACAAUCACAACGUGUGGGCCAGAGAGCGUAUCAAGCAGGGAUGGACCCAUUCACCCCAACAGGAUGUGAAAGCCAAGCGGAGCCCGUACCUGUUGCCCUACUGCCUGCUUGAUGAAAGGAGCUGGAGAGUGGGCCGGGAGAGUGUCAGAGAGAGUGUGUGCACCCUGCUGGCCUACGGUUACAGUUUGGAGCCUCUCAACCAGGAAAAGACCACGAUAUCCAAUCCAUGUCCCUUUCCCACUGAGAAAAGCAGAGUGUUCAGACCAGAUAAAUCUUUCUCUGUGACUCGGGGGAAGUGGUACUUUGAAUUUGAAAUAGUGACUGCUGGGAAUAUGAAAGUGGGCUGGGCCCGGCCGGACUGUGCUCCAGAUAAAGAGCUCGGCUCAGAUGACCAGGCGUAUGUCUUUGAUGGAUUUGAGGCUCAGUGGUACCAUCAGGGUGUGGAGCCCCUGGGGCGGCCCUGGCAGAGAGGCGAUGUGGUGGGCUGCCUGGUGGACAUGGCUGAACGCACCAUGAUGGUCACACUGAAUGGAGAGGUGUUGUUUAAUGACAGAGGAUCGGAGCUGGCUGCCAAGGACUUUGAUAUCGGAGACGGCCUGUUGCCAGUGGUCAGUGUUGGAGUGAACCAGGUGGGGAGGCUGAACCUGGGUCGCCACACUGACUCUCUGCAGUACUUUGCUGUGUGCGGCAUGCAGGAGGGCUACGAACCGUUUGCUGUCAACAUGGCCAGAGCCCCAGUCCUAUGGAUGAGUUGGAAACAGCCUCAGUUUACCUCCAUAAAGCCUGAGGAUCACAACCUACAGGUCACCAGAGUCAGUGGCUCAAAGGAUUCCUUAUCCAGCCUGAGGGUUUCCCAGCGGAUGUUUGCACACCACGGUGGAAGCAGUGAGAUGGGCUUUUACCGGCUCAGCAUGUCCAUCCAAUGUGCUGCCGUCCUCACAAGCCCAGCGGGGGGGGGAAGGAAAGAGCAGGAGGAGAUGGACUCCGACUUUGAAGUGCUGAUGAAGUCAGCCCACAGCUUUGCUGGCUCAAGAGAUGAGCUCAACCAUAAGGAUCAUAGUCACGACAAAACAUCAAGAUUGAAACAGCGGUUCAUGCUGAAGAGGACCAAACCAGACCUCGUUGGCAGCAACUCAUCUGCUCGGCUUCUAGAAGAUGUGGUAGUUGACAAAGAUGAUCAUGUUAUCCAAAGCUCCAGAUAUUACUACUCCGUGAGGGUUCUUCCGGGCCAGGAGGCGUUCAAUAUGUGGGCAGGCUGGGUGACCUCUGACUUUCAUCAACACGACGUGACUUUUGACACCGACAAUGCCCUCACUGUAACCGUCACCCUCGGAGAUGACAGUGGCAAAGUCCAGGAAAGUGUGAAGCGGUGUAACUGUUACAUGGUGUGUGCUGGAGAGGCAACAGGCCUGUCCCAGAGUCGCAGAAGUACGGGGUUGGAAAUCGGAUGUUCAGUCGACACGGCCACCGGGCUGCUCACCUUUACCUGCAGCGGAGUGGAGAUGGCCACCUUCUACCAAGUGGAAGCCAGUACGAAGCUGUUUCCUGCUGUUUUCGUCAAGCCCACCACCAGCAACAUGUUUCAGUUUGAACUGGGGAGCACCAAGAAUGUGAUGCCACUGUCAGCCGGUUUGCUUCGCAGCCAAAGAAGGAAUGCCACCCCUCAGUGUCCUCCGAGGGUUCAGGUGCAGCAUCUCGACCCGGUGUCGUGGACCAGAGUACCGGACCGUGCUUUACAGGUGAUGGUGGAUCGGCCAGAUGAGCGCCAUGGCUGGAGGGUCCAAUGCCAUGAGCCCCUGCAGGUCAUGACCCUUCACAUCCCCGAUGAAAACAGGUCUGUUGACAUUUUGGAGCUGUCGGAACUGGAUGACCUCUUGACCUUUCACCACCACACUCUCCUGCUCUACUGCUCUUUAUGCACCAUUGGAAACACUCGAGUUUGCCACGCCCUCUGCAGUCAUGUUGACCAAUCCCAGCUCCUUCAUGCCAUUCAGGAUCCCAACCUCCCUGGUCAACUCCGCUCUGCGUUUUACCAGCUUCUCAUGCAGGUUCACCUGAGCAGCCACACCACUGCAUGUCACAUGAUGAACCAUGAGUACAUUGUGCCUAUGACUGACCAGACCAGAGAAAUCACCCUUUAUCCCAGCCCUGCUUAUGGUGUUAAUGCAGGGAAUAGUCCACCUCCAGAAGGCAUUUUCAGCACUGGUCUCAGCACAUCCCUUAAACCACAGAUGCGUUUCUCCUCUCCUUGUUUUGUCAGGAGUGGUGGAUUGGAAGCGGAUGGUACAGGUGAGAUAACCUGCACAGACAGCCCAGAAAUCCCUCUGGACAUACUGAAGGACCUGACUGUGGAGAUGCUGACUGCUGGAGUGUGGGCUGUGGGGCAGAAUGUGAGGCAUCCUGUAGGAGGCAGCUUUGAGCUCCUGCUAGUUCCCCUUAUCAAGCUGUUCUACAACUUACUGGUGUUGGGUGUAUUUGGGGAUGAGGAUCUGGGGAAAGUUCUGAAACUAAUAGAACCUGCAGUUUUCUCCAUAAAUGCCGAAACCCUCAACAAGGAAGAGGAGGAAGAAGACGCUGCUGAUGAUGACGACGAACAAUGCACAGGAGGCAACGUAAAAGAAGACGUCACUCCUCAUCAAGGACUUCUUCAAAUGAUGCUUCCAGAAGCUGUCAAACUUGAGCUCUGCCACCUGCUCUCCUACCUGUGUGAUUGCCAGGUGCGCCACAGGGUGGAAGCUGUGGUUGCCUUCUCUGACAACUUUGUGGGUCAGCUGCAGGAGAACCAACGAUUUCGUUACAACCAGGUCAUGCAAGCGCUCAACAUGUCAGCUGCCCUCACUGCCCGCAAGACCAAGGAGUUCCGCUCACCUCCACAGGAGCAGAUCAACAUUCUGCUGAACUUCAGAGAGGAAGAGCAGCAGGAGAACUGUCCGUGUCCGGAAGAAAUCCAGCAGCUCCUGCAAGACUUCCAUCACCUCCUCAACACACACUGUGGCAUUGAGUUGGACAGCGACACAGAGGAUCAAGAGGAUGCUGAGAUGUCUCUUAAAGAUCGGCUUCUCAGUCUAGUGGCGAGAGUCACUGGACUGAGAAAGACACCAAUAGAAGCGGAGGGGAGCAGACCGCAGAAGUCCCUGAAAACGCUGAUCUCUGAGACGAUGGGGCGUUGGGCUCAGGAGACGGAGAUGGAGGACCCUGAGCUGGUGAGGGCCGUCUUCACGUUGCUGCACCGCCAGUAUCAGGGCCUCGGGGGCCAAAUGGCAGAGCACCUCCGCAGAGCCUACACCAUCAGCCAGGCCUCGGUAGAAGACACCAUGGCUCUGCUGUCCUCUCUGAGCCAGAUCCGCUCCCUCCUCAGCGUCCGCAUGGGGAAGGAAGAGGAGCGGCUGAUGAUCAGAAGAUUAGGAGACAUAAUGAAUAACAAGGUCUUCUAUCAGCACCCUGACCUAAUGAGGGCGUUGGGGAUUCAUGAGACCGUGAUGGAGGUGAUGGUUAAUGUUCUUGGAGAAGGGGAAUCAAAGGAGAUUACCUUUCCCAAGAUGGUGGCCAGCUGCUGUCGAUUCCUGUGUUAUUUUUGCCGCAUCAGCCGUCACAAUCAGGGGGCCCUGUUCGACCAUCUCAGCUACCUGCUGGAAAACAGCAGUGUUGGACUAGCUUCCCCAUCCAUGCGUGGGGCCACUCCCCUGGAUGUGGCAGCAGCCUCGGUUAUGGAUAAUAACGAACUGGCCUUAGCGCUGAGGGAACCUGACCUAGAGAAGGUGGUCCAGUACCUCGCUGGCUGUGGUCUCCGGAGCUGUCCGAUGCUAGUAGCUAAAGGCUACCCUGACAUCGGGUGGAACCCUGUGGAGGGCGAGCGAUACCUGGACUUUCUGCGUUUUGCAGUCUUCUGCAAUGGUGAGAGUGUAGAGGAGAAUGCUUACCUGGUGUUGAGGCUGCUGAUUCGUCGGCCCGAGUGUUUUGGCCCCGCCCUGCGAGGGGACGGGGGAAACGGCCUCCUAUCAGCAAUGGAGGAAGCCAUCAGGAUCUCAGAGGACCCUUCCAUGGACGGAGCUUGCACCACCUACCAGUCCAACAGAGCACUAGAUGUUGUCCAGGACAAUAAUGAUGACCUCAUUCACAUGGGGCACGCCAUCAUGACCUUCUACUCUGCCCUCAUCGACUUGCUGGGCCGCUGUGCUCCAGAGAUGCAUUUGAUUCAAGGAGGCAAAGGAGAAGCUAUCCGCAUUCGAGCCAUCCUGAGGUCGCUCAUCCCCAUUCAGGAUCUCGAAGGAGUCAUCAGCAUCGCCUUUCAGUUCCCCUCUGUGUCUAAAGAUGGUCUGGUGGUUGAUCCUGACCUAUCCACAGUGUUCUGCCCAGACCACAAGGCAGCUAUGGUUCUGUUCCUGGACCGGGUGUAUGGCAUUGAGAACCAGAAUUUUCUUCUCCACCUGCUAGAAGUGGGCUUCCUUCCUGACCUUCAGGCAGCCGUCUGCCUUGACACUGCUGACUUGGGAUCCACUGAUAUGGCCCUGGCCCUGAACAGAUACUUGUGUACAACUGUGCUCCCCCUGCUCACCAAAUGUUCAGCUCUCUUCUGUCCAUUAGAGGACCAUGCUUUGCUGGUGGAUUCUCUCAUCCAGGCAAUCUACGGCCUCUCCAGGGCUCUCAGCCUCACCAAGGCUCAGAGAGACACUAUUGAAGAGUGUCUGUUGGCCGUGUGCAGUAAACUCCAACCAUCUAUGAUGCAGCCUCUCCUUCGACGCCUUGUCUUCGAUGUUCCCCAUCUCACAGACGACAGCAAAAUGCCACUAAAGCUCUUGACCAGUCACUACGAGCAGAGGUGGAAGUACUACUCUCUGGCUGCAGGGCAGGGUGAGCAGGCUCUGGCCUCUGGAGAGGAGCUCCACCUGUCGAGAAAGUUGUUCUGGGGCGUGUUUAAGGCCUUGGCAAAGAAGCCCUAUGAGCCUCAGUUAUUCGGGCUGUGUGUCCAGUGCCUAGCUGCCGUGUCCAUGGCUCUUCCUCCUGACCACAUGGACUCAAGCUGUGUGUCGGAUACAGAGAGAAAAACCUCAAUGGACACAGAAGGACACUUUGACCCCCAGCCUGUAGAUACCUUAAGCGUGUCAGUGCCAGAAAGACUGGAGUUUGUUGUGAAUAAGUACGCGGAGCACACUCAUGAGAAGUGGUCACUGGACAAGUUUGCCAACGGCUGGGUUCACGGGGAGCAGCAAUGUGAGAACACCAAGGUUCACCCUCGCCUCAAGCCAUACAGGGCUCUGGCUGAGAAGGAAAAGGAGGCGUACCGCUGGGCCAUUAAAGAAACCAUAAAGAGUAUGCUGGCCUUUGGAUGGACUAUAGAGAGAACCAAAGAAGGAGAAGCAUUCGGCACGCAUACCGUUACACGCAGAGUAUCUCAGUCUGGACAGCUUUCUUUUGAAGGAGCAUCAACCUUCAGCCCUAAACCAAUGGACAUGAGCAGCAUCACCUUAUCAUGGGACCAGUGUGCUAUGGCUUUACAGUUGGCUGAAAACUACCACAAUGCCUGGGCUAAGAAGAAGAAAUUAGAGCUGGAGAGCAAAGGAGGAGGAAACCAUCCAAUGCUUGUACCCUAUGAUACUCUAACAGCCAAGGAGAAGACCAAAUUCAGAGAAAGAGCGCAGAAUGCUCUCAAGUUCCUUCAGCUUAACGGCUAUAAUGUGUGGAGGGAUCGGAAGACAGCCGAGAUGGACUUUCCAGCCAUAGCCAACUGCUUUGGCUUCACUCUCCUUCAGCGGCUGCUGGCUCACACUGAGGAGGCCCAGGAGCAUGUGUUGGAGCUGGCCAGAGGACAGAUGUCUAAAGGAGAGAGAGCUGCACACCAGCAGCCAAUUCAUUUUUUCCCCAAGGUUAUCCUUCCUCUCUUGGAACAAUAUGUGAAGAGCCAUCGUCCAUACUUCCUGCCCACUUCUCACUGCUCAAGUGGGAAUAAAAGCCAUGCAUCAAAAAAGGAAAAGGAGAUGAUUGCAAGCCUCUUUUGUAAGCUUGCAGCUCUAGUAAGACACAGGAUCUCCCUCUUUGGAAACGAAGCGUCGUCAGUUGCAAGCUGCCUCCAUGUUUUGGCUCAGACUCUGGAUGCCAGAGCGUUGAUGAAGUCAGCCCCAGAGUUUAUCCAAGCAUCCCUGCAUUCAUUCUUUGAGGCAGCCGCAGCUGAUCUGGAGAUGACGGUGGAAAACCUCUCUGUGACCUUGGUCUGUUUGCCUCAGAGUCGGAGUCAACAGGCUAGAGGAGUUGCCAAGGUUCUCAGCUUCACAACCUCCGUUCUCCUGCCCACCCUCACCUCCCUCUUUCAGCAUCUUGGCAACCAACACUUUGGAGUGCUCCUCCUGGUGGGGAGUAUCCAGGUGUACUGUUACAGGAUCCUCAACAGCCUCCACUCUCUUGGCACCAGCAGCAGCAUCUACAUGGAGGGGCAGAGGGCAGCAGCAGGGGCUUGUCUUGCAGCUCUGACUGGGACGUUUCCUGUUUGCUUCCUGGAGCCUUCUCUAAACCAAAACAACCCUUACUCCAUCUACAACACCAUGAGUGCCUCUGAGAGAGAAGACUUUGGGCUAGCAGAUCAGGUGGAGGACAUGUGUCCCUACCUGCCCUCUCUGGAUCAGGCUCUGGAGGAGGUGGAGGAUUUGGCUGCAGCUGGUGCUGGGGCUCGCCAGGCACAGUACAUCCAUGUCACUGAGGUCACUCUGCCUAUGCUGUGCAACUACAUGUCUCGUUGGUGGGACUGGGGCCCCGAGGGCCUGCCAGACAGCCCGAUCUGCACCGCUGUCAUUCCUCAACAUGCUAGUGACCUUCUUGGCCACAUCCUCCGUGUCAUCCACAACCAUGUCGGCUGUAGCCAGGGCGAGUGGAUGAAACAGCUGGCAGUUUUUUCCCAGCCGAUUAUAUGCAAAGCCCACAUUGAGCUGUUAAAGAGCCACUUCCUGCCACUGAUGGAGAAGUUGAGAAAGAGGGCCGAAUGUGUGCUGCUUGAGGAGGAGCAGAUGAAAGCAGAAUGGUGUGAUACCUCUGAAGCAGAGUUACAGAUACAGGAGAAGUUCACUGUGCUGGUGCGAGACCUCUACGCCUUUUAUCCACUCCUCAUCCCAUUUGUGGAUUCUAAUCGUGCCAGCUGGCUGAAAGAGCCAAACCCUGACGCUGAGCAGCUGUUCUGCAUGGUGGCAGAGGUCUUUAUAUUCUGGGCCAAAUCUCAUAAUUUCAAAUGGGAGGAACAGAACUUUGUGGUCCAAAAUGAAAUAAACAACUUGGCUUUCCUUGUCAACAACGACAAAAUGUCCAAGGUCAGCCAUUUUGACCAUGAGCAGAGGAAGGUGAAGAGGAAGGGGGAUCGGUAUUCCACACACACCUCUCUGAUUGUGGCGUCCAUGAAGAGACUGCUCCCUGUGGGACUCAGGGUUUGCUUUCCAAGUGACCACAGCCUCAUCAUGUUGGCUAAGAGCGGCUUCUCUCAGAAGAACACUGAAGAUGAGAUUCGAGAACGUGUUUUCAAUGGCCUUCAGCGUCAGGUGUUAAACGGCUUGAGGCAGGAGUCCCUUUAUGCAGAUCCUCCAGGCCAGCAAGGAGCCAUUACUGACGGCCAAAGGACUGUCGACAGGAUUCUGGAAAUAGCUCGAGUUCUUUAUUACCUUGACCAGGUGAGCUUUUAAAGCAGGCGUUACUACCAGUGGCGGCUGGUGGAGCACCCGCAGAGAAAUAAAAAACCUGCGUGGCACAGAGUGUUAUCCAAGCAGAGGAAACGAGCAGUGGUGGCCUGCCUGCGGAUGGCUCCCCUUUACAACUUACCCAGGCACAGAGCUGUCAACCUGUUCCUUCAAGGCUACAAUAAAUCCUGGAUAUCAGCAGAGGACCACAGCUUUGAGGAGAAGCUUGUGGAGGAUUUAGCUAGGGGAGGAGUGAUGGAUCUGUGUGGAGGUGACCGAGAGGAAGGAAAGGAUGUGGGAGAAGGUGCCAGAGCUAUCGAUCCCCUCCUGCAACUCAUUACACUCUUCAGUCGCAGCGCCCUGACAGAAACGAGUAAGCUUGGAAAUGACGGCCUCUAUAAGUCCUACGCUGCUAUUAUGGCCAAGAGCUGCCACAGAGAGGACGAUGAUGAGGAAGAACAGGAAGUGGAAAGCUUUGAAGAGAAAGAGAUGGAGAAGCAGAAGUUGCUGUACCAGCAGGCCCGGCUGCACCGCCGUGGAGCUUCUGAGAUGCUCCUGCAAACCAUCAGUGCCAGCAAAGGGGAGAUGGGCUCCAUGAUUGCUCCUACACUGAAGCUGGGUAUUGCUGUUCUCAAUGGAGGGAAUGCCGCUGUUCAACAGAAAAUGCUGGAUUAUCUGAGAGACAAGCAAGACGUUGGAUUCUUCCAGAGCAUGGCUGGACUCAUGCGGUCAUGUAGCGUUCUGGAUCUAAAUGCAUUUGAGAGGCAGAACAAAGCAGAAGGAUUAGGCAUGGCCAUGGACGAGAGCUCAGGAGACAAGGUGAUGCCUGACAAAGAUUUAACCUGUGAUCUGUUCCGAUUUCUGCAGCUGCUCUGUGAAGGACACAACUCAGAUUUCCAGAAUUACUUGAGAACUCAAACCGGCAACAACACCACUGUCAACAUCAUAAUAACAACUGUGGACUAUUUACUGAGAGUUCAGGAGUCUAUCAGUGACUUCUACUGGUACUACUCAGGGAAAGAUGUUAUUGAUCUACACGGACAACAGAAUUUCUCCAAGGCCAUUGAAGUGGCCAAACAGGUCUUCAACACACUCACAGAGUACAUACAGGGCCCGUGUGCUGGGAACCAACAGAGCCUGGCUCACAGCCGCCUGUGGGACGCUGUCGUAGGUUUCCUCCACGUCUUUGCCCACAUGCAGAUGAAGCUCUCUCAGGAUUCGCGGCAAAUUGAGCUCCUGAAAGAACUCAUGGAUUUACAAAAGGACAUGGUUGUUUUCCUGCUUUCUAUGUUAGAAGGUACCGUCGUUAAUGGCACUAUUGGAAAGCAGAUGGUGGAUAUGUUGGUUGAAUCCGCAGGCAAUGUGGAGAUGAUCCUAAAGUUUUUCGACAUGUUCCUCAAACUUAAAGACCUCACCUCCUCCGAUACCUUCAAAGAGUUCGACCCUGAGUGUAAGGGCUGCAUCUCCAGAAAGGACUUCCAGAAAGCCAUGGAGAAUUGCAAGCGUUUCUCCCAGGCCGAGAUUCCCUUCCUCCUCUCAUGCAUGAAGACUGACGAUAGUGAAAUCGUGGAUUAUGAGGCCUUUGUGGAUCGCUUCCACGAGCCAGCCAAAGACAUCGGCUUUAGCCUCGCUGUUCUUCUCACCAAUUUGUCCGAACACAUGCCCAACGACUCGAGGCUUGUGACAUUCAUGGAGCUGGCAGAGUGUGUCUUGUCGUACUUCCAGCCCUACCUAGGUCGUAUUGAGAUCCUCGGCAGUGGGAAGCGCAUUGAACGCGUGUACUUUGAGAUUAGCGAAGCCAGCCGCACACAAUGGGAGAAGCCCCAAGUCAAAGAGUCCAAGAGGCAGUUCAUUUUUGAUGUGGUCAAUGAGGGUGGAGAGAAGGAGAAAAUGGAGAUGUUUGUCAAUUUCUGUGAGGACACCAUCUUUGAGAUGCAGCUCGCAGCCCAGAUAUCUGACUCUGACUCUGGAGAGAGGCACGCAGACAAAGGAGAAGAGGAAAAGAGUGACAAUCUGGACGAUAAAGGAAGGUUUUUCGUGUAUCAAUGGUUGUUUUUGCUGAUAUCUAUACUUUCUGUUAAAAACUUGAAGACAUUGAUGAGGAUGACACUGAAGGAUAUGCUCAUGUCGGCUGUGUUCCUCCUCAGAUUCAUUGUCAUGGCUCAGGCCCGGUGUAUGUGUGUUGUAGUUCAGGGCAUCUUAUAUGUGCUGUACAUAGCUUUUGUCAGUGGUGGGCUCGUAGAGGGAGCCAAAAGGAUGAGGAUUUCCGAUUUGUUCGGUGGUAUCAUCGAGCCAACUCUUGAUGAGGUCAUGGAGCUGCCAAGUGGAGUGGAUCGGCCGAGGAAGUACUCUGCCAGUUUCUCUUCCCAGAGAGAAUUGAGGGAGAUGGGGCAUGUGGCAGCUGUGACCUCUCCCAUGGAGGUGGAUGUACUCUCAGACAUAUUUGGCCUCAAAAUGAAGAAGGACGGGGGUCAAUACAGACUUAUAACACAAGACCUCUCUGCCAGUGGGACAACCUCCAAAACAAUUACCACUGCCGAUACUUCUGAGAAGCAUCAGGGGACGCAACAUAAGGCUCAGACUGCCACAGAGGAAAAAACUGAAGAUCAGACAACGCCUGGAUUAGUGAACGCAGGAGGGAAGGUAACUGAGAAGAAAACUGUGAAACAGAAAGCAGACUGGAAAGCAAAGCGAUGCUCUGAUAAGUUCGAGGAACCAGAGAGCCAACACUCUGCCCUCUGGGAGACGAUAAGCACUCAUAACAAGAGCCUGCAGAAUUACUUUGCAAGGAAUUUUUAUAAUAUGCGCUUACUGGCUCUCUUUGUCGCCUUUGCAAUCAACUUCAUCCUCCUGUUCUACAAGGUAGCCUCUUUGCCUGCAUCACAAAAAGAGGAAGGAGUGGUCACGUCUGAUAGCAGCGAGGGAUUGGACUCUGCUGAUGAUGAUGAUGAUGACAACGAGGGCAGAGAUUAUUUUGUGCUGGAGGAGAGCAGUGGGUACAUGGAGCCAUCACUACUUUUCCUGGCUGUCGCUCACACAAUCAUCUCCUUCUGUUGUAUCAUCGGGUACAACUGCCUCAAGGUACCGUUGGUGAUCUUCAAACGGGAGAAGGAGGUGGCGCGGAAGCUGGAGUUUGACGGGCUGUAUGUGACGGAGCAGCCUCCUGAGGAGGACAUCAAAGGGCAAUGGGACCGACUGGUCAUAAACUCACCAUCAUUUCCAAGUAAUUACUGGGAUAAAUUUGUUAAGAGGAAGGUGAUGGAUAAGUAUGGGGACUUCUAUGGCUGUGAGAAAAUAAGUGAACUGCUAGGUCUGGACCAAGCUGCAUUAGACUUCAGUUCUGAGAGUAAAGAAAGCAGGAGGCUCAAGAGAGAAGCUUCCUGGAGUGCUCUACUCAAGUCCAUUGACAUGAAGUACCAGGUCUGGAAACUGGGCGUUGUGUUCACUGAUAAUUCCUUCUUGUACCUGGCCUGGUACAUGGCCAUGUCCGUUCUGGGUCAUUAUAACAACUUCUUCUUUGCUGCCCAUCUUCUGGACAUCGCCAUGGGCUUUAAGACUCUCCGCACCAUUCUAACUUCUGUCACACACAAUGGGAAACAGUUGGCCCUCACUGUGGGCCUGUUGGCUGUUGUGGUGUAUCUCUACACCGUUGUGGCCUUCAACUUCUUCAGGAAGUUUUAUGACAAGAGUGACGACAAGAACACCCAAGAUAUGAAGUGCAAUGACAUGCUUACUUGUUACAUGUUCCACAUGUAUGUUGGAGUGCGUGCUGGCGGGGGAAUCGGUGAUGAGAUCGAGGAUCCGGCUGGAGACGACUUUGAGGUGGAGCGCAUCUUCUUUGACAUCACCUUCUUCUUCUUCGUCAUCGUCAUCCUCUUGGCCAUCAUCCAGGGCUUGAUAAUUGAUGCCUUUGGGGAGCUUCGUGACCAGCAGGAGCAGGUGAAAGAGGAUAUGGAGACCAAGUGCUUUAUAUGUGGAAUAGGAAAUGAAUACUUUGAUACGGUCCCUCAUGGCUUUGAGAUUCACACUCUGCAGGAGCACAACUUGGCAAACUAUCUAUUUUUUCUGAUGUACCUCAUUAACAAGGAUGAAACUGAACACACUGGGCAGGAAUCCUUUGUGUGGAAGAUGUACCAGGAGCGUUGCUGGGAAUUCUUCCCUGUGGGAGACUGUUUCCGUAAGCAAUAUGAGGAUCAACUGGGAUGAAAGGAAAUCUGAGGGAUCUAAAGCCUUCCUAGAUAAUGGCAUCGCUCUGAAGCCAUCUUGAUGCCCUUGGACUCAUUAAAUGAACCUGAGUUUUGUUUGUGCACGAUUGAUUUUGUUCUGAUUUUCCCACAAAGUAUACAUAUUCUAAAAUAAUGCACAUCAGUUUUUCUCAGUUUAUAUUGAUUAAAUUAUUUGGAAACUAAAUAAUGAAGACUAUUUGUUUAUAUUCUGAUGCAAAAUGAAUAUGGUGUUAUUUCAGUAUUUUCUCAAGUCAAAAGUAUUCUGUUGUCUACAUGAUUAUCAAGCUGGCAAUUCAACUUCAGUUUGAUGGCUCUGUGCUGGCAUGUGUCUCUGUAAAGCUCAUGUUUUGUGAAUGAAGUGAUUUGUCUUCCUAAUCACCUCCCCCCCCCGUUCCCCUGUGUGACAUGCAGAUAAACACUCUCCCUCUGGCAUUUGUUCUGUCUGCCCUCCUCUUCCCUGAUUCUUCACGCUGUUUUUUUUCUUCCAUCUUGUGCUCAUCUCUCCAGGAUCCUCUCCUCCUCCUGUCCUCACUUCUUAUUCCACCUUAUUCCCUCGUCUCAUCUUCAGCUCUUUU